GCUGCCGGCUGGAAGACGGAGUGCUCACUCACAGCCAGACGGAGACACAGUGGAGACCUCCUAAAGGUCCUUUUCUUUUGACCAACUUUGACUCUUCAUUACUCCCCUUCUUCACUGGACUCUGCCCAUGGCAGGCAUUCUUCUGAACAUCACAUCAGCAGUAUAAAUUUUUGCCUCACCAUCCUUGCCUCUGUUGCGCUCUUGGCAGCCGUGACGCAUGGACAGAGCGGGGGCGCACGCGCCUUAUUGAGAUACUCUUUUUUUUUUUAAUUUCCCGACACAAACUUUAAAGUUUUUGGUUUUUCCCUCUCGACGUUGUAUCGAGGAUGCUUGCCACUACUUGGAAUAGAUGCUGUGUUUUGAUGUUUCUCAUCGUCUCCGUGAGGACAGACGCAUCAGAGGGGCGCCCGAAAGAGAACUCCAUCAAGUCUGGUCUCAUCGAGGAGAAGCCCACAGCGGCCACUAACCGCUCUGCUGUUGUCACCAAGAAGCGCAACUUCAUCCCGCAGCAAGUGUAUCCAUGCAGUAAUGACAAGGAAUGCAGUGUGGGCAGUUACUGCCACAGCCCCCAACAGAGUCCCUCUCGCUGCCUGUCCUGCCGCCGGAAGAUGAAAAGAUGCAACCGAGACUCUAUGUGCUGCCCUGGAAACCGCUGCAGUAACUAUAUUUGUGUCCCAGUGUUUGAGAGCGUGCUUUCGCCUCACAUCCCAGCUUUGGACGAGCACAGCAAACACUCCACGAAAUACCACAGCUGGAGGAAGAAAGGAAAGGCACAGGCUAAGCAUUCGCUGAAAGGUCACGAGGGUGACCCUUGCUUGCGAUCGUCUGAUUGCUCGGAGGGCUACUGCUGCGCUCGCCAUUUCUGGACCAAAAUUUGCAAACCAGUGCUGAGGCAGGGAGAGGUGUGCACCAAGCAGAGGAAGAAAGGCUCUCACGGCUUGGAAAUCUUCCAGCGCUGUGACUGCGCCAAGGGCCUCUCCUGCAAGGUGUGGAAAGACGCCACCUCCUUAUCCAAGUCCAGACUCCACAUGUGCCAGAAGAUCUGAAGCUGAGGCUGCAGCUGUCAGUGAUGAGGCCUCAUCCGUCGAUCAGUGAAGGUUUUUUCUUAAAAAAGAAAAAAAAAAGAAAAUAGUUGGCUGUUUUGAAAAGGAGCAAAAAGCUGACACUAACAAGAGACAGAACAAACUUUUAGGGUUCAAGCUCUCUUUUACAAGAGGAGGCCGCUCAAGCACAUGUACACACAGCAUUGAGAUAACACGUCUGAACUGCGUUUAUUAAAAAAGAAUCCCUUUUUCAUAACCUUCAGGGAGCUGCAGAGAUAUUCAGAUGAGCGGUGUGGACCAAAAUGAGGCCACAGAUGUAGCAACCUUCAUCAAGCUUCAUCCAAACAAUCUUAACAUAGUCUAAAGAUUUUAUGUUAAACAUUUCUGUUUUCAUGACUGGAUUUCCUCAUUUUUUUGGGUCAAAUUUCCAUAAUUCCAUAUACAUUCAGUUAUUUCAAAGCUUAAAAAUGUCAACUUUUGCUGUUAGAAACUUUCAUAACCAGUAACAGUGUUUUAAUCCUUUUAAUGACAGUACAGGCUGGUCACCUAGAGUGAUAACUUAUUUAAACAUUACAUUUAGUGUUCGAACACCAAAGAAUGGCAUUUUCUACAGGAUGAGCAGUUUCUUAUGAUGUUGCUAUCAUAAAACAGGAACUGAAGCAUCGUAUUUGCUGCAGAAAGCUUGUAUGAUCUGCCAUGAUGUAGCUUCUACCAAAUGUCAUCCAGCAGUGAGUUAAACUGAGGAUCUGCUGCAGCUGUUGUGAUGUUAAUGUCAAAGCUUCUGCUUUUACAGUCACCUGACCUGAAGUCAAGGAAGGAAUGAACAAGUCAUUUACCAUUCAUUUUUUGUGUUUUUUUCUUACCAUAUAUUUUCAUCCCAAACUUUUUGGAAACAUUUGUGGCGCACCAUUAAAGUUCGAACAUGAAUCUUUUUAAAGUAUAUUUAAUUUCCCUAAUUUUGAACUUUACAAACAAGCAUUAAGAUUUCAUUGUUUGAAAAAUUGAAUGUUUGUUUUAAAGCAUCAAGUAUACAUACUGUUCUGUUUAAACCUUCUAAAGUAUCGAUAAGCUCUUAUAUUGUAAAUAGACUGGAAUUAGCAUAUAUUUAAGGAUCCGUGUAUAUCAUGUACAUAUGUUUAAGAUUGAGACAGUACUAUGAAAUAUUUUAGGUAGGAAGGGUAGGGUUGGAUGGCAAAUGCACACUGAAGUAGUAGACAGCCAGGAGAAAAUCUGCCAUAGUUCUGACAAAUUUCCCAGACCGGAUGAAUCGUAACAAUGUCUCAAAUAUGUCAUGUAAAUGAUGUGUAAAUGGUGAGAAGAUGAAUAUCCCACUAAUAUUUUUUUUGUGUGUGAAUCCUUUGCGUUGAUUUUACUUCUUGUAUUUACCUUAAUGGAUGAAUAAAAAUAUUGUUUUUUGUAUUUAUCAUCA